AUGACAACCCUUCGAGAAGUUUUGCAACAUCAGCAAGAGCAUGGCGUCCUGAUGGCCCCCACAAAGGCACCUCAGGAGACUGACGGCACGGUAGGGAUACAAGCCACGCCGCAGUCCAUGCCCUUUGCCCUUCGCAACAACACAGCCUCCUCUGCCGUGUAUGCAUACAUCACGGGCCUGGACAGCAGCAACGGCUCGCGCGUGGUGCUCAUCCAGCGCGAUGGGAAAAGUCUUUACUACCCAACGAGCCCAGCGGCGGACCUCCAACCCCUGCAGGCCGACUGCGCGAUCCCGCUGGGUCCGCCGGGGUCUACGACGACCGUCACGGUGCCGCGGAUGUCGGGCGGGCGCGUCUGGUUCGUGCAGGACGCGACCCUGACGUUCCUUCUCAACAGAGGUCUCGAUAGCAGUGCGGCGCUGGUGGAGCCGUCCAUCAUGAACCCAGCUGACCCCAACUACCAGCUGAACUGGAGCUUCUGCGAGUUCACCCUCAACGAGGUGGAGCUGUUUGCCAACAUCAGCUACGUCGACUUUGUCAAUCACCCCAUCGCGCUCGUGCUCGAGUCCAACAGCAGGGGCCCGCAGCGGGUCGAGGGGAUGCCGGCCGACGGGCUGGCGACGGUGGCUCAAAAGCUUACGGAGCAGAACGGAUCGGACGGCGCGGGCUGGGACAGGCUGCUGAUCCGGCAUAGCGCCUCAGGCAGGCUCCUGCGCGCCGUUAGCCCAAACACGGGCAUGAACCUCUUCAGCGGGCUGUUUGCCACCUACUACGAUGGAUACGUCGACCAGGUGUGGCAGAAAUACUCGGCAACCGAUCUGACUGUCAACACGCAGUUUACCUGGGGCGUGGUCAAGGGCCGAGUGGCCAACGGUCUUCUGGCAUUUGGCAGCGUCGGCAGCUUUGGUCGGCCCAGCACCCGGGACAUAUUCUCGUCCGACUCGGGAGCGUUUGCGCCGCCCGCUGGCGUCAACCAGGAGCAGCUCCGGAACAUCGCGGCCAGGCUUGCGGCGGCGUUCAACAGGUCUACGCUGCUCAUCAACUCCAACCAGCCAGACGGGGAGCAGAUCUCGACCUACUACACCCACCCCGUGACAAACCACUACUCGCGCAUCCUGCAUGAAGUCAACAUCGACAGGAGGGGAUACGCGUUUCCGUACGACGAUGUUGUGCCUUCUGGUGGUGGAGACCAGGCCGGCACAGUGAACGAUGGGAAUCCCAAGCUGUUGACAAUCGUCCUUGGUGGUGGGAAUACUAGUACAGCGGUUGAGUAG